UAGCGUCAGAUUUCAGAGCCGGCUUCAUUUCCCGUUCCGAGGCUCUGCGACACACACUGAGCUGAUGAAGAUGCUAGUGACCUCUUCGGCUAAUCGACGGGAAAUAUCGGGAUUGUAAGUAACAAUAACAAUGAGGAAGCGGGUAACAUUUGUUGAGCAGCUGAAAAAAGAAAACCUGAUAAAAAAUGGAAGCGGUCACAUCUCAAUGAGGUCAGAGUCUAACCAGAGAUGCAUGCAGGGCUUUGAAAGAGGACCUAGUCAGGAAGUGAGCGAGAUGUACAGAGGAGGCCACGUGAAUGCUUCUGCAGGCGGCCAGCACAUGAAGACGAUACUCAUUCCCAAAUCUAUGACGUCUGCCCCCUUCUUACAGCAUCCAGCCCUGACAGCUGGACAGAGACGCUACCUUUGCAGCAUAGCAAACGUUUACAGCACAGCGCACAUGAGGCAGCAGAUGAAGCAGCGCUAUCUCAAUGCGCUGCACACGUGCGUACAACCAGGUGUGUAUCUAAAUGUCUCUCGAGCGUGACCUUUGACCGCAGCCAUUCGUCUCGUGAUGUGUUUUGCAUUUCCUAGGUCAGAAUCCCACCUGCAGAAGGAGGUUUGGGAAUCACCAGCUCAGAGAAAAAAGUACACUCACAAAGGAUGUAGAGAAGGAUGUGGCGAGGGCGAAGCCUCAAGGGCAGUGGAAGAGCAGAAGCAGCAGCACAGCUCAUUCUGAUGGCUUGCUUCCAAAAAUAGUCAACAGAUGACCAAAAUGGUGUCACUAUUUUGAAUGCAUUAAUAACCUUACAGUGAGUCCUUAUGUUAAUCUCAGCAUCAAUACUUGUUGUGUUAUUUCACACAUCUUCAAAUAUGACAUCAUGUGUCCCUAACAAAGAACUGUGUGCAGACUUAUUUACACUGAUAUUAACUUAUUAUAGACCCCACCGCAUAUAGAGCUAUAGUUUCAUAUUUAGUAGUGUCAUAUCAGUUAGUUGAAUCUCUAUUUGUUGUUUAUCAAGUGCACUUGUAUUCUAAAUCAUGCUAUUACCAAAAACACAUUAAUAAAUAUUGUAUGGGAUAUUCUGUUGCCCCAGAGUUGUGACUUUAUAUGCUUUUAUUUAUCAAAAAUGAAAGACUUUCAUUAUUUAGUUGGGCCAGUUGGAAACAGAUCAACAUGAUUAUGGAUUUGUAUAAUGUUGCCCAUGACAAUAUAAGAUGAUGAA